AAAAGGAAUUUAUUUUCUUGACGCAGGUUAUGCGCACUGACGCGCAUCAUUUUCAGAGAGCGAUAUACAAUUUUAUUUUAUUUUUUGCAGCUUUUGUGUUGUCCUUCUACAUGGUCUUUAUCACCCCCAUGAUCAAUCAGGGUUUUGAAUAAAUCAGCUAUUUGUACUGAUAUUUUUUACAUGAAGACAUCCCCUUCCAAAGCCAAGUAGGUUUGGCUUUGGUUGACAGUUUUAUCGAAGUGUUUUUAUAUAAAUCAUUUAACUGUAGUAGGCCUAUUCUGAAGUUAUUGCAAUUUAUGUAGCAGCACGACCAAAAUCAAAUAUAUAUGUAUCAUACAAUAAAUGUUUAUUUAGUUAUUAUGUCUCUCAAUGUGUUUUUUAUUUGAAUCGUUUGUGAGUGGGAAACUCAAGUUACAAAUGGUAAAAGCAGCUUAAGGGUUAUCUUAAAGAUCCUAUAUUCUGCUUUUUUAGGGUUAUUAAUUGCAUUUUGGGUUACUUCUAGAAUAGGGUUAAAUGCCUGUAUGUUAUAAAUACCCCUUAUUCUCACACUGGGGAAAAGUCGAAAAGCAUGAUAUAUCACCCCUUUAAUCUAUAUUUUUCUACAGGUAAAAUCCAUGAGUUAAAAAGGGAUCACCUAAACGUUCAAUAGAGGGCGCACUUGUAACAAAGUAGAUCCACAGCACCCGAAGAAGAGCAUUGAAGGAAAUACAGUAUUGUGUUGAGUAUUGUGUCAAACGAGGGGAGAGAUCAUGGAUGAAGAACCAGAAAGAGCCAAACGUUGGGAAGGAGGCUAUGAAAGGACAUGGGAAGUGUUGAAAGAGGAUGAAUUUGGGUCACUCAAAGCUACUGUGGAGGAAAUAUUGUUUCAAUCCAAAAGAAAAAGAGCAUUGGAGAGCCAUGGACAAGUGCGGCUUGGGAUGAUGCGGCAUCUUUAUGUUGUGAUCGACUCUUCGAGAACAAUGGAGGACAUGGACUUAAGGCCAAACCGCCUCAAAGCCACUCUGAAGCUGAUGGAAGCAUUCGUGGAGGAGUAUUUUGAUCAAAACCCCAUCAGCCAGGUGGGUCUGAUCACAACGAAGAACAAAAGAGCAGAGAAGCUGACGGAGCUUGCAGGGAAUCCAAAGAAGCACUUGGCUGCCCUUAAGAAGACAAGGGACGCGGCUUGUGUUGGCGAACCAUCUCUAUACAACUCUCUCAAUCUGGCCAUGCAGACACUCAAGCACAUGCCUGGACACACCAGCCGGGAGAUUGUGGUCAUCUUCAGCAGCCUCACCACGUGUGAUCCAGCCAACAUAUAUGAGCUGAUUAAGACCCUGAAAUCUCUGAAGAUCCGCGUGUCUGUGAUUGGCCUAUCGGCAGAGGUGCGCGUCUGCACGGUGCUGACCCGCGAGACGGGAGGAACGUACCACGUCUGCCUGGACGAGAGCCACUUCAAGGAGCUGCUCAUGUUCCAUGUCAAGCCUCCGCCGGCCAACGCCCAAUCAGAAUGCUCCUUGAUACGCAUGGGUUUUCCACAGCACACCAUCGCCUCCAUGUGUGACCAGGACUCCAAGCCGUCCUUCAGCAUGUCCCACCUGGACAGCACCAGUGAGGUGGGCCUGUCUCUGGGAGGAUACUUCUGCCCGCAGUGCCAUGCCAAGCACACAGAGCUACCGGUGGAGUGCAAAAUAUGUGGUCUGACCCUGGUCUCGGCCCCCCACCUGGCCCGCUCCUUCCACCACCUUUUCCCCCUGGAGGCCUUCAGGGAGACGCCCCUAGAGGAGCUCCCAGCUGACAGGUUCUGCCACGCCUGUCAAGGAAAACUGAAGGACAAAAUAGUGUUCACGUGUCCUUUUUGCAGCGGUGUGUUCUGUACAGAGUGUGACCUCUUCAUCCACGACUCUCUGCACUGCUGCCCCUCCUGCAUUAACUCACAGCACUCCAAUUGAGCUCUGUGGAAAUAGCAGUACACGCUUAGACAUUUUGAAGAUAAUGAGAAGAGCUGCCGUGAGAAUUUUCAUCUGAUCGGCAAGAGUUUGUUCUGUAGUCAAAAGUAUUACCAUAUGUAUGUUUCCUUUUUUGGGAUUAUUUGUCACAGCAGUAUACUAUACCAGUGGACACAAAUACAAGAUGGGUGAAUUCUGUUUCUGGAACCUCGAAACAUAAAGCAUCCAUUAGGCCUAUAGGUGGAGGUAAAAUAUGCCCGUCAGUGGUUUUUCUAGAAUAGUAUAGGGGAUGGCAAAAGGCUAGUGUACAGAAGCAUUAUUUUGUUUGAUAUGUGAUAUCUGUAUGGAACCUUUCAGAAUUAAAAUAAGAUGAUUUAUUUUUAAAUGCCUGAAUUUGUACCAAGGAAAUGUUUUUUCGCAGCAACAGAAGUAAAUCACAGAACUGUCAUUUAUGUUUUACAAAUGUUCAUACUGACUUCACAAAGCUGAAAAACAUAAUUUACACUUUAUAAAAAUGAUUAACUAUACAAACCGAUUUAUAAGUACUCUUGAGGUACACACAAAAAUACAACUGCAUACGUUUAGAUUCAUUUGGAUAUUGUAGCUUUCGUUUAAAUGAAGUAAUGAACAAACUAAAAGAUGGGAAGAAUAUCAAUUAUUAUGACUAGAGUUAUGAUUUGGACCCUCAAGUAUUUUUCUUUAAAUUCAUUCAACAUUGUAAUGGGAUUUGUGUGGAAUGUCAGUUUAAUUUCAUUGCAUUUCUUUGAACCUUAAGCAUUGCAUAGCUCUAAUCUUUCCGAGUCCGGUAGGUCAUAAUAGAUUUUACUCCUCCCAAAAUGUCUUCGGUAUGGCAGUAGGUCCUCGACAGCAAACACAUCCUCUUGGCCAGUCCAUACAGUGAGAUUAUACCUUUGAUAUUAAAACACAAAUUAUUGCUCAGUUGACAUGCAUGACACAUAAACAUGCAUGUCUUAUGAGAACAAGAGAUAUUUUGCAAAAAGGAACGGAAACUUCAACCUAAAGCUGUUGUUUUGGUAUCUUUAGUUUGUAAACCAACGAUGAAAGGAGAGAGAUACGGAUAAGCAGGGGUAGAAUUAGGGAGCAGGCCAGUAGAGCUCAGUUCGAAUAU